CGGCGUAAUUACCUGACGUCAUGUCAACUAAUCAGCAAGUUUUCUUAAUCCCUUCUUGCAGCUGUGACUAGGAAAAUUUCUUAUUUGCUGCAACGCUUAGACAAGCUUGUAGUAUUGAUUGACUUUUUUUUUAAUUACUAUUAUUGUUUUUAACUGAAGGUGUUAUCGUGGGCUGCUUUUUUGAAGUUACGUUUUCUAUUUCUCAUGGUUGCAACAUGUGGUACAUCAGGAACGUGUUUUACUUGAUAGUGUUUGUUUUGCAAGAUGUAGCCAAGAUUUGCAUGUCUCUGAAUGAUGCAAGCAGAAGGACCUAUGUUUCUGCUUCUGAAUUAGAGACACUUAAAAUAAAUUCUGGAGUAGAGAUGUUUACUGAAAGACCAGCAGAAGUUUCAGAAGAGUUUUAUGUAACAGACGUAAAUUUUAAAAGUACUGUUACUUGGGCAUCUGAGAUUGCUACAACUAAAGCUGGUUUGGCACAGAACACUUCACUCAAUCCAUUAAAAGAUUUGUUUACCCCAGAUAAGGAAAUUUCAUUUAAUAUCCAUACUUCAGAAAUGCCAAACAUUGUUUACAGUAAAACACAAACUGGAGGAAAUACGGCAUCUACUCUAGACAUGAAUACAACUGUCAGCUCUAAUAAACCUCUUAAACUGUUGACAAGUUUGGGGAUCACACCUCCAAAUGGUUCUGACAGAUGGACAAACUCUGGGAACAAUGCAGCAUCUACUCUAGACACUAGUACAACCAUCAGAUCUAAUGUAUCCCGUAUGUUACUGACAAGUUUAGGAAUGACCUCUGCAAAUGGUUCCAUCAAACAGGCGAGCUUUUUCUCUGGCCCAGAUAAUAGCUCUUUAUACCAGAGUGCAUCACCAGCCGUGACACCAAAGUCGAAUCUUUAUGCUGUCCAGACUCCCCAGACAAGUGAAUAUGCAAGUAAUUUUAACUUCAGGAACAGCUCAGAAGACCAUAAAAUACACAGCAAUACCACUACUUCAGUGCUCAGGACAGUGCAAGCACAUUCAUCAAGAUGGCUAUCUGAUAUUACAGCUUUGUUCAAUGUAACUGGCAGUUUACUUGGAUCAUCUGGUCUUGUCACUGACUCCACUGUCCUUUCCUCAUCUACUAGUUUAGAGAGCAGUUCUGAGCUAUCUAGUGUGAAAACUGCAUUUCCUGCAUUUCUGAUGACUGCCUCUGCAGAAGCUUCUUCAGUGGGCAGGAGUGCCACUGAUAGUAGUUUAAAUGUGGAUGGAACAGAUGUGGCAAAUCUAAAUGAAAGCAUCCAAGUUCCCACAAUGUCAGCAACUUUAACUUUUUCAGAAGAUAAGUUUUUGAGUGUUGUGCAUUCAGGUAAUCUAGAUACCAGUAAUACAGUUAGCACACUUUCAGAUGAAAAUCACACUGUUGUAUCUGAUGUGCUUUUCCUGUCUUCACCUCUUCAUUCAAGACCAACACUGUCUACACCAGUGAAUGCAGUAUUAAAUAUCACUGGUCCACAGCCUUCUGCAACUGGUUAUAAUGUAUUCAGUAUCACUAAUGAUGCUAGGGAAGAGUCAGGUGUCACUGAUAUUGGUUUCUUCUCCAGAUUAAUUGGCACAUCUUCACUUCCUGCAAGUCCAACAGGAAUAGCCCAUUCUGGUACGAGUGCCCUGGAGAAUUCUAUUCGUAUGGUACCUGCCACAGAAGUAACUAUAAAGGGAUUUAACUUUGGUACAUCUGGCAGAGUUGAGACUCCAGAUACUCAUUCUUUAAGCUCUAGAACGGGAAGUAUUGUUACUAGAUCAUUAACUGUUGCAAGCCUUUCAGACUAUGUUGGUACUGCAACGUUUGAGGACAGUUUUAAUGGUUUGCAGAAUGUCACUGUUUCCCAUGAAAUAUUAAGGUCGAGUUUGACGCAGACUCCCUAUACAUUGUAUAACUUCAGCGAUAUGAUUAAUCAUAACAAAAAUGUAUCCACAUUGAGCAGCAUGCCAAAUGCACAGACCACUGCUGAUUUUGCAAGUGAUAUGGUGCCUGAUUUUGUUCAGUCCUCAACUGAGUCAUUCCUUAAUACCACAGUAGUGACCUUCGAAAUGAGUGGCACAUCUAAUUCUAGUCCCCUUGGCUUGUUGGAUAAUUACACUAAUUUCACAAAGAGCAGUGUCCUGGAAGCAGGUGAUCUUCCCAGUUCACCAUUUAGUGCCCUUCCUGUAUUUAAUUCCCGCUCAGCUGUUACAAAAUCUCCUUCCCCACAUACAGAGCAUACUACAUACGUGUUGGCCCAACAUAAUGCAUCAGCUGAGUAUAGUACAUUUCCAACUAGUCACUCCAGGUCUGUGGAGUUGUAUAAUUUAAGUUCAUUACCUUCUGUAACUGAUGCAAUGCCUUCGAAUGAUGCAAUGCCUUCGAAUGCUAUUGUAACUAUAUUUUAUCCUUUAAAUACGGUUGUGGAAGACUCUACAGUUUCUGCUCAUUCCAGUGCUGAAGCUGUAACAUAUGGGUAUUUCUUCGAUAAUGAUACUACAAAUGACCUUUCUCAGAGCUCUAAUGUACCUUAUUCCCAGAUGAGUGAAAUGGAUCCAAUCACAGGAACAUUGUUGGAUACUGUACUGGAUGAUGAGGCUAACUUGUAUUCGGGAACGUACACCACUGAUGCAAUGCUGACUGAAACGGAUUCUUUAGGACCAUGUAUAAAUGUCACGCAAGCUGAUCAAGGUUGCAUAGGUCCCACUUUGUCUAAUUCCAGUUCAUGGCACAUGUUAUCCACCACUGGGGGCAGUGUUAAAAAUAGUACAGACAUGUACUUAUCUAGCAGCAUGCAUGAUGGCUCUGUUUCUCCAGUUUACCCUUCUGUAAUGACGUAUCCUUUUGGAGUAACAGAAGGAACAGAUAUUCUUUAUACAGUAGCUAGUAAAAGCAAUGCUACAGCAGUGGAGGGACUUUCUGCUCAUCCAUCAUCCAGCGCCACCUCUGUAGAACCUCUAAAUUCAAGUUUAAAUGCAUUGUCAUUAGUGACCACAUUGCCUGUUGUGAAUAUUAACAGCACUAGACCUGGGGCAUCUGUUAAAACAGCCACUAAUGUUGCAAGUGAUGGAACUUUUCUGUAUGGGUCCUCUGAAACCACCAGAUUAAAAAAUACAGGUAUAGCUAUGGAUAUUGUAACUUUGCAGAACUCUACAGAUGCUGGGUCGCUCCUCUCCAGUCCAGUGCAAAUGUAUAAAUCUGCUAAAACUACCAGAUCAGAAAAUGAAGUUACAUCUUUGAGUCCCUUAUCAGCUUUCCUACAGACCUCAACAGACACUGGGUCAAAUUUUAUAUGGACCUCUACAGAUUUUGGGCAUCAUCUCUCUAGUGCAAGGCUAGCAUAUCACUUGACAAAAUCUACCAAAUUACAACAUGCGGUGUCAACUUUACAGAAAUCCACAGAUGGUGCAUCUCAUUUUUCUAGUCCACGGCAGACUACUACACUAAUGCCAGUAUCACCAACAUCUCUUCUAUCCGCUUUGGUUACCAGAAGAACUACAGCAGCCUCUUCAGCCUCUAAGCACAGUAAACCAUUGCUGUAUUCUACCUCAUCUAAAGCGGAGUUAUUCCACAGUGUGUCUACAUUGGGCAUAGACAGUGAUAUGAGCUACACAACCAAUCUGCUGUAUACUGCAGAUUUCACAACUGGAAGGAAAUCUACAAUGCAAGGUUCCACUUCGUAUGCACUGCCUUUGCUUCCACUGACAUUUAAACUUGAUGGCAUUGAAUACAGUAGCUCCUUGACUAAUUCUUCUUCAGAAGAGUAUCGCAAACUAGAGGAACAAAUGCAACAAACACUCGCCAGAAUUUUUGCAUCCACAUUUGGGAAUGCAUUCGUGGAGAUGAGAGUUCUUGGUUUUAAGAAAGGAUCUGUUAUUGUGGACUCCGAGAUAAUUUUCAAGUCUAUUAGCCAGCGUCCAAGCAGUUCUGAUCUUGUUCGCACUGUCAUAACGUUUGCUAGCAAUAAUUCAUCUGGAUUUUCAUGGCAAAUUGUGCCUGUAUCUGUGCAGUGUUCAGGGUACAACAUUACAAACCUAGAACCAGAGAAGGUGGUAAUCUCAUUUACUGGUGUUGGUAUGGGCUCCAGUGACUCUGAAAAAGGUGUCCUAACAGCAUUACAAAGCAGUGUGGUGAAUGUUUUAAUGGAUGCCUAUCCAGUCCAAAAUUUUACCAUUCUUCAGAUUAGGAACGACAGUAGAAACCUUGAGAUAUUGGGUGCAGCAUACCUCCACACAACUUCUAGAGCCAGUCCGAAUUGUGUGUUAAAAACUCUGUAUGGGCUGAACCAGUCUAUUGACCUAAGUACUCUAACUGUUAAUGAAUAUGUAUUGUGGCAGUUGGCCAUGACCAUUGUAUUUGCUGAUGCUGUUGAUGAUUUGCAGUGGGACUUUAGUUCUGUUCCCCUUACACUUCCUCGCUUCAGGUUAACUAGGAUUCAUUGUCAAAAGCCCAGGGCAGUAUUAAGAGUGGAGUCCACCUUAGAAGAGAAGUACAAGAAUUUUAUGCAACUUGUUAUUAGAAAUAUAAUACCAGGAUCAGUGGUAUCACAGGGGGUUCUGAUAUUCCUAAAACCUGCACCAGAAAAUACAGAUGUGCUGAAUACUCUGGUUGGGUCUCUUGAUUCUGGCUUAUUUUUGAAGGGAACCAACUUUCUCAUAGAUCCCUUAUCUAUCAGGAUUGGUGAUGCAAAAAUCACAGAUCAGGAUACACGGUCAGGUGUUCCAGGAUAUGGAGUUGCCAUUAUUGUCAUGUGUGGGCUUUGCAUACUGUUUUCACCUUUAUUAAUACUCCUGGUAAGAUGAAGUGAUAUCUUUAUUUCAUAUAGACAAUGCACAUUUAGAAAUAAA